UGCGUCUUUUUUUUUUUUUUUUUACAACAAGCCUCUGAGUUGUUUCCUCUGACUCGGGAUCGGUUCCCGUUUCACUCUGCGCCCGUAUAAAUCACAAAAACUGACCUGAGACCAGCUGACUCGACUCCUCGGUAACCCAGUGUGACGGUCCUCCUGGCUGCAUCUUCCCUACCGGCAACGUGGCAAGUCUACACACUUGAAAGUUGUAGUACCUGUUCCUUCAGCAUGUGAAUGAAACCCCGAGGACCAGGUUAUUGACACCGGAGUGACACAGAAAAGACUCGCGAUGUCUUAUUUAUUCUAAUCAGGAUGGACAUGGACGUGAUUUGGUGUUUUCCAGCCUUGCGGGACAGCAGCUGUCAAACUCCUCAGGGCGUGCUCCACUGUUUACCUUCAGCUGACUGAGAACACACAGGCUGCUCACACAAUGCAAAUAAACCGGGGAUGAAGGAUUAUACACAUUUAUAAACUGGAAGAAUCGCAAACUAGACCUUCCUGUUAUUUCAAGGGGUCAUCAUCAUGGAUCCGAGAGGUCAACCCCGGCCCGACUCUGCACGUAACCCCCACAGAACGAAAGACAGAGAGGACUACUACAGGUACUCUCAGCAGGACGGAAACCAGGGUCACCCACCACAGGACCCCAGGGAGAGGGACAGGAACUGGACUCAUUCUGAUGCUCACUACAGGAGUCACUACAGCAGCCCUCCUGCCAGGCCGGAGCAGCAUCCUUACAACAGUCAGCAGUAUCAGUACGGGUAUGGACAUCUGGAACACCAAAGACCCCAGUCCAGACAUGGGUACGACUAUCCAGCCCACAGCCACUGGGACUACAGAGACCACUACGGUUAUUAUGAUCAGGACUACUACAGAGGACAGCAUGGACGCCAAGAUGCUGGACAGUGGGCUCCCCAGGACUCCUGGAGAACGGACAGUUACCAUGAAAGAGCUUACAGCCAGGUACAACCAGGGAGCUCCCAAACGGAGGAGUACAGCUAUGACCAAGGGAGAAAAACCUCGCAGCAUUACUUCAAAGACUACGAGGACAAUCCCUCCAGAGACCAGGAAGAUGUUUCCCCGUAUUACCUGGGGACGUUAGAAAGUUCUAAAACCUCUGGGAUGUCGUCCAGCAGCUAUGAACUGAGUCAGUACAUAAACGGAGCUGAACACAGCGAGCCUGUCCCACAAUCCGCUCAAACAUCUGAAGCAGCGCAUCAGAUGUCCGCCCCUCUGAAGUUCCCCAUCCCUCAUGCGGUGGUAAGUUUCGGACCUGCAGGACAGUUGAUACGAGUCAGUCCAGGCCUGUCCACACGGGAGAACGUCAGCCAGCUGGAAAUCCACAGUGUGGAGGUGAUUCUUGGUGACACAAAUGAACAGCAGGAGAUGAGAAACUUCCCAGGGCCCUUAACCAGAGAGGACUUGCACAAAGUAGAUGCUAUGGAGUUUGCCCACCAGAGGGCAGAUGCGUGCAUGAAAGAUGACAAACUGCCUGAUAAGAAAUCUGCCGCCCUCUUGUGGAAUCUACUGAUAUUGCUCUGCAGACAGAAUGGGAAAAUAGUGGGCUCAGAUAUUGCAGAGUUGCUGAUGCAGGGCUCACAUGCAGACGGGAGCUGGGAGGCAGAGCCUCCCACGCUCAUCGACUUCAGUGACAGCUCCAAGGCUGAAGAACCCCCUCAAAGAGGAGACGACCUGCUCACAGGAAACCUGAGCAGCUUCAGCUCUGAGACGUCAGAGAAAGACCUGCAGAGCUACACUCAACUACUGCUGGCUGGAAGAAAAAAGGAGGCCUUGGAGUCAGCUAUGAACAGCGGCCUGUGGGGACAUGCACUAUUUCUGGCCAGCAAAAUGGACAACAGGUCCUACACCACCGUGCUGAGCAGGUUUACUGGACAGCUAACAGCCAGUGAUCCACUCCAGACUCUCUUCCAGCUGCUCUCUGGGAGAAUUCCUGCUGUAGCAAUGUGCUGUGGGAAUGAAAAAUGGGGAGACUGGAGGCCUCAUCUAGCUGUAAUGCUCUCCAAUGAGACGGGAGACGCUGCUGUCCAACAGAAGGCCAUCGUCACCAUGGGAGACACACUCGCCUCCAAAGACCUCUUAUAUGCUUCCCACAUAUGCUACCUGACGGCAGGUGUUCCCUUCGGGUUGUUCACACAGAAGGCAGAGAGGCUGGUGCUUCUCGGCAGCAACCACAGGCAAUCCUUUCAACACUUUGCAACAAACUCUGCCAUCCAGUGCACCGAGCUGUAUGAGUACUGCCAGACACUAGGAGGCAAAUUCUUUUCAAUACCAACCUUUCAGUUGUUUAAGUUCCUGUAUGCAUGUCGACUUCUGGACUGCGGACUGGCUUCUCAGGCCUUUCAUUACUGUGAGGUGGUCGGACAAGCCAUCCUCCGACAGAGGGAGCCUCUCUAUGUGCUGACUGCAGAGGUUAUUAAGUUGUCAGACAGGCUGAGACACUCUGAGGGUCAGUUCAGUGAUACGGGGGUAGGCGGAGCCGUACAGGAUCCCAACUGGCUGAAACAGCUACGGGCUAGACUACACAGUUUACAGAUGGGGAAUUAUGACUGUACAGAAACAUACCAGCCUGAAGAAAGUGCUUUGGCCCGCAAGGAUGGUAAAGCUUACUUAGAGUCAGGCUUCCAAGACCGAAGCAGUGACGUCCAGAGUCCAGAACCUGAACUACUUUAUUACCGAGGCACAGAGGAAAAAGAACAUUUCAAUCAUCAAGUUGAAGAACACAAUGAGGAAAUGACAACUUCCUCAUGGGACACUAACCAGGACUGGCCACCCGCCAACCAUCCCAUGCCAGUAACAGUGGUUUAUCCUCCCCCAGUGCAAACAGUGGCUGCAGGCCAGGACUUCAGUUAUCAUAACACAGAUAGUGCUGAAGUCAGAACUGCUUUGCCACAUUGUCCUCAGAAUAAUCUGCCAUCAGCAGCCGAGGGGGCUGGGUUGUCCUCUGUAGCAGGCACAAUGGGGGGUCAGAUGCUGGAAGUCACCACCAGUCAGCAGCAGCAGAGCCAGCAGAGCCAGCAGAGCGUACCACAACAGUUUGUGGACUCCAAGGUGACCAACGAGCCCCUGAAACAGAGCGCCAAGGCGGGCUGGUUUAGCGGUUGGUUCAAAUCAAAACCACAAGAUGUUUUGAAGGAGAGCACAGAGCAGGACAGCCCAGCUCAGACACAGCAACCGAGAGCUGGCUUCUGUCCUCCUCCCCCACCUGCCGCUGUCCCGCCUGGCAUGUUUCCAUCCCAGUCUUCCUCUGCAGGGAUCAAUCCAUUCUCAAGGAAAGCAGGCCAGCAGCUGGGGUAGAGACCACUCGCCUGUGUCACAGGAUCACUGACGCCACUUAAACCAACGCUGGGAUAAUUUACCGAAUGUCUCAGUGAGCACAAGUGAGAUCGUUUCCACUCCCCUCGGACCACAUGUCCUUUCACACUGCCAGCUUGUUCCAUCAGAUUGCAUUUUAGAUAUAGAAAUACUCCGGUACCAAAUUGCAGUGACACAUAUCGCAGAAAUAGAUGAGGUCUUCUGAAAAGCUGACAGAAGGGAAAUUACCGGUGGAUGUAGGACAUAUUUUGACCCCAAUAAACAUAUCAGUGUGAGGGAUUUGACUCGGCAUUCUAGUGUGUCAGGUUUAGAGUUUGGGGACUGUAAAUGUGACCACUGCUGGAACGUCUGUAAGAUAUAAGACUCUUAUAAUUCAGGUCAAACAUAAGAAGAAAUCAUUUUAUAUUCUCAACAUGAAUGGGAAACAAAUUAAAUGUUACUAAAUGUAAAUGAAUUAUUUAAAAUUAAAAGUCAAUGCUGUGGUUAUUUUCUAGCUUCAACGAAGCCAUAUUGUAUCUUCAAAGCUCUAAGCAAAGUGUGUUGCCUGACGUUUCAAGGCAAGUCAAAAAUAUGAUUAUAUUUUUUAUAUUUUCAUGUUGCUGUGGUGCAUGAUGGGUAAUACCACAGGUUGAGAGGGGGUAAUCCAGGUACACCUGGCCAGCAGACAUUUAAAGUGUCAAACUGUUUAUGUGCUGAUAUCUGUGACGCUUUGAUCUGAAACAGGAGGUUUAUUCAUAGCUCCUUUAUAGAUGUGUCUAUGUGACUGCAUGGUAUGUGUGCGCUCCUUAAAGAUGUAUAUAAAGCAGUGACAUAUGUGUUAGCUUGUGAACAUAUUUUGAUGGAAUUCAUGUUUUUUGUAUUUGUCGUGGAGUACAGUACUUAUUGUAUUACACUGCACUUCUAUGUUUUUGUACUACUGGACCAGCAGAAGAUUUGAUGCAUAAAUGACCACUUCAUGAGUGUCAUUUUAUAUCAGAGUCAUUUCUCAGUAUUAUUAAACGUUUUCAACCAUCUU